AGCAGGAUGGGCAGUGGCUCUCCACAGCUGGCCUUACUCCCUCUUUCUCUCUGCUACAAACCUUUCCCACCAGCUAAUUACAACCAGGUUGGGUGAGAGAGCUUUGGUCCUCCUGCUGCUGCUGCUGCCUUUGGAAAGAGAGGCCUGGAGUACCCUGAAGGAUGGCUGGGAAGCUGUGGAGCACUGUCCUCCUUUCCCUGGCUCUGUCUGGCUUCUUCUGUGAAGAGGUUACCGUACCCAAUAGUACUCAAGGAACUACUGGGUCUCCCAUGAUAAAUGUCACUUCAGGAGCAAAAAAUGCCACUUCGAUGAGCACAGUUGCAACUACUACCAUUAAAGACCAAAGCUCUCAGACCUCUCACAUCCGGGCAAAUGAAACAGACAGAUUAGAAAACGUCACUGAAGCUAGACCUAAAAUAACAGCAGGCACAACCGAAUCAUCAACAAAGAUUCCUGUGACUUCAGCACUCAGCUUGGGUCCAGCAAUUUUAGACCAGAGUUCUCAGAGCCCUAAUAAGACAAAUACAACAGUCAGACUAGAAAAAGAAUCUGAAGCUGGACCUAAAAACAAUUCAGGAGUAACUAAUCAGGAAAAACAAGAUGACGCUUCUUACAUUGGUAUAAUUUUGCCAGUUGUCAUUGCCCUAAUAGUAAUAAGCAUCAUCGUAUUCCUUUUAAUGGCUUUGUACCGAAUGUGCUUGAAGACAAUGCCAGAGAGGCAAGAGAAUGGAACUGAACAAGCCCCAUCGGAUAAAGAGAAUGUGAAACUCAUUUCUGUUAAGACAACUUCUUCAGACUCAGGCAUGUUCAGUUUCUUGACCCUUUCCUCCUAUGACUUGCCUUUAGGCAUGUCAUUACCUUUGGAAUCCUUCAAACCAAUAUCAGACUUCUCAGGGAAGGAAUAAAACUCGGCAACAUAAUGAUUCCUCCUCGUGUCAAGGCAACAAAUGUAUGUGAAGCAUUCCUGUUUCAUUGUAGAAACCACCAAACAAAGUUGGAUUUACUUGAUGUGAAUCAAGAGCUUCUAUGUAUUCCUGAAAAAACCUGUUCGUUUCAUUUCUCUGUAAUUUUGCCAUGUUGUCAUGUUGUUUUUCUAUAUGCCUGCUGUUUAUCUCUAAAAAGAAUUUUGUAGUUUUCUCUCUCUUUCUGUCUUUCAGUCCAUUGCUCUACAAGACCUAUUUAUUGCUUUCCAUGUAUGUAAGGUAGAGGAAAAAUGCAUAUUGUAAAACUAUAUAAAAAUGCACGUGACCUUUGCCAAUUCUGAUUCUGUAGUUUUGUACAUAAAGAUAUAUUCUGCCUGUAAAUAUAAUUCUUUAUCUGCUUUCAGUAAUUACCACAAUAUUAAAUAUUAUUUGUUGUGGUCAUAUCUGUUUACAAUAAGAACAAGAUACUAACUUGAGUCUUUCCUUCUGUAAAUACAUAGAUUCCCUCACUCCCAUUUCAAUGCAAAGCAAAGAUUCAAGUUAUAGUAUCCAUGAUGAAGAGUGCAGAGAAGAGCAACAAAGAUGAUUAGGGGACUGGAAGCUAAAACAUAUCAAGAACAGUCGCUGGAACUGGGUAUGACUAGUUUGAUGAAAAGAAGGACUAGGGGUAACAUAAUAGUAGUGUUCCAAUAUCUCAGGGGCUGCCACAAAGAGGGAGUCAGGCUAUUCUCCAAAACAUCUGAGGGUAGGACAAGAAGCAAUGGGUGGAAACUAAUCAAGGAGAGAAGCAACUUAGAACUAAGGAGAAAUUUCCUGACAGUUAGCACAAUUAAUCAGUGGAACACCUUGCCUCCAAGGGUUGUGAAUGGUCCAACACUGGAAGUUUUUAAGAAGAGAUUAGAUAACCGUUUGUCUGAAGUGAUGUAGGGUUUCCUGCCUAAGCAGAAGGUUGGACCAGAAGACCUCCAAGAUCCCUUCUAACUCUGUUAUUCUAUUUCUAUUUCAUAAGUGACUAAUCUCCUUAUUAAGACUAACCUUAUUAAGACUGGUACAAAAACGUUAACCACAUUUAGGUUUUCCAAAAGUCUUUCUAAAGCAAAAUGUGACAAAAACCAAGGAAUGGGGGAAGAAGCAAGACACUCGAAAGCUCAGAAUUUGUCUCCAUUAGGUCUGCAAUUCAGAUUUGGACUGAAGAUUGGAGGUGUCAACAGAACCUAUUUGCAGGCGGCAGAUGCAAUAUAUUCCGAGUUUCAACAACUAUCAUAGGACAUAUUUUGGUGGUUUUCUUACUUUUUGCAGUAACAUUUUACCUUGAUGCAGAUUUCUGCAAUUUCUUCUGCCUCAUUUGAUAAUAUCACAAGUAUUAUUACCAUAUUGUGGAUUCCUGGGGUGUUUUUUUUUCCCCGGAUAGGCCAACAUGACUGUAUCUUUUAAACUAUUAUACUGUAUGUAGCUCUGCAAACUUUUUUGUGCAGUGGUAGGGAGAAAUCAUUGCAAUGCAGCCUGAAUCUAGGGAAAGGAGGAGGAAUGUAUAGUAUGUAUCGGGGUGAAAUCCAGCAGGUUCUGACAGGUUCUGGAGAACCAGUAGUGGAAAUUUUGAAUAGUUCGGAGAACGGACCAAUACCACCUCUGGCUGGGCCCAGAGUGGGGUGGGAAUAGAGAUUUUGUAAUAUCCUUCCCCCAGGAGUGGGGAGGGAAUGGAGAUUUUGCAGUAUCCUUCCCCUGCCACUCCCACCAAGCCAUGCCCACCAAGCCAUGCCCACAGAACUGGUAGUAAAAGAAAUUGGAUUUCACCACUGGUAUGUAUAUAUUAACACUCUUUAAUAAAAUACAUGGGAAUCGCUUUCCUUAAUCUACUGGAUUUCUACUUCAAAAGGGAACUCCAGGGACUUUUUUUUUUUUACGAAUGUCUAAUGUUCCUUAGUUCCUAAAAUUCAAAAAGGGGGAAUAAUAAUUUCAGAAUAACAAAAUCCAUGAUACCACCUUCUACUACCAUGUCUACAUUGCAUAAGCACAAUGUUCAGAAAAGAUUCUAGAAACCAUCACCCUGUCAGUCUGUAUCAAGCAUUUUUCCCUGGAAAAUUGUCUUCUCUUUUUAAGAAAAACAAAUCCUGCAUAUGGUCAGAAGCUGUGUUUGCUGUACCAAUCUAGAAAUGUAAUAAACAAAUGAUUGUGUCAAAAUUC